AUGUCUAUUCGGGGCUUAUGCCCUUUAAUAAGGUCAUUUUCCACACUUACCAGGUACUAUGACCAAGUCUACCUAGUACGCCUAGACAAUUCCCGAUACAAAUUGGGAUUAUUAGCCGAUAAAAGUAAAUGGGAGAAUGUAGUAUACAUAAAUUUGCCAAAACACGGUGAAAGAAUUGGCAAGGGGGAAAAUAUCGCAUCAGUAGAAUGCGACAAGACAGUAUUUGACAUAGAAUCCCCAGUAAAUGCUAAAGUGAUCGCACAUAACGAGAAAGUACUGAGGGACAACAAUUUGCUGGAAAAUGAUCCGGAGGGGGAAGGCUGGCUAAUGGAGGUAGAAGUUGCAAAAGAUGAUAUUUAA